AUGUCGAGCCACAGGCUGUUCCGCUUCCCCAAGCCUCAAUGGAUUAACAGCGCCAACACGCGCACCGCCGGCGUCUAUGCAGCUGGCGCACUGUUCUCUCUUGGUUUCUUCUUCUUCAUCGACGCCGCCGCCUACUCCAAGUCCGCAAAGAACGGGUCCGACGUUCACAUCACAUUCGUCGACUGGAUCCCCUCCAUCUGCUCCGCCCUUGGCAUGCUCGUCAUUAACAGCAUCGACAAGUCCCGGUUGAGCGCGGAUAGCUUUAGCUACUCUGGCAACGGUGUGGCGUGGAAGGCCAAACUUGUCUUGUUCCUCGGGUUUGCUCUUAUGGCUGGUGGCCUUGCUGGUAGUGUGACUGUCAUGGUUCUAAAAUAUGUUGUUCCUGACUACAGCUUCCCCACCCUCUGGUUCGGCGUCUCCAACGUUGUUGCAAAUGCGUUGAUUAUGGUUAGUUCGGCUAUUCUCUGGGUCGUUCAGAACAUGGAGGACGAGUACACAUACAAUCUUGCGCUGUAG